UCAGUCUGGCAGUAAAUAAAUAAAUGCUGCAGCUUCUCAAGACAAAGAAAAGACUCGUCUUCCAAAUCGUUGUCGUGGAAAUGUGUCUUCUGAGUUUUUCAUCAGCCAUCACAACCCUUCACCCCCCACCGCCCCAAAGCAAUCAACCUAGGGGAAACACUCUUAUUCAAUAUAUCUUUGUUCACUAUAUUGUAUGUAAUUUGGCUUGAAGAUUAUUUAUUAUUAAAUCACAUUGUCUGAAAAAUAACUUUGUCUCGUUCUCAUUGAGGCAAACAUCUGCAUCAAGAUGCUUUUCCUGAAAGCAUUAAUGUCAGUUUGAGGAACAGGACAAGCAACAAGAAAACAGCCCGCCUCUUUAUGUUGAGAUCAACCUUCCUGGGUCACACAUCAAGUACGGACAUUGCAGAGCUUCAGUCAUACACACCAUGAGGACCUUUACCUUGAUAACUGCUUUAAGUCUCUGCAGCAUUAGCUGGAUCUCUGUCUCAGUGUCUGAGUCUCGGGUUGUGGAGGUCCAGUCUGGCCAAGAAGUCACACUGCAGUGUCCCGAUAGAUUAAAAAAUAGCAUUGUGGCUUUCUGGUUGAGACUUGUCAACAGAACCAAGAUCAACUGUAUCUCUGUUAUGAUCAAAUCUGGCAGCGAAGCUGAACUCUGCGAUGGCUUUCAGAAGGGAAAAUUUGAAAUGAGCUCCAACAUCUCUACUGUCUCUCUGAACAUCAAACAAGUGGAUUCAUCAGACUCUGGAAUGUAUUUCUGUGGAUUCUACACAAGUGGACGUCCAGUUUUCACUGUGAUAUAUUUAAAUGUUGCAGGCAGUGAUGAUGGAUCACAUGAUGACGUGGAUGACACAUCUAAAAAAUGUGAGUGUGAGUCUGAUGGAAUAACAAAAUUGACGAGUGUGAUCCUGGCUGGUCUGACUGUUUUCCUUGCAAUGGUCAUCAUUGGUCUGCUGGUUAAAAUCAGGAAACUUAAGACAGCUGAAGAAGAGCAGAAUCCACAACCAAGUGAGAAUCAGGUCUCUGAUGAGCUGAACUACGCUGCAGUCACAUUUCAACCAAAAGCAAAAAGAAAGGUGGUGGAGCCAAAUGUAGUGUAUGCUGCCACCAGAUAGACUCAGGAAACAACUGGAAAUGAUGCUUCAUCAUAUUAAUCCGCUUUGGGGCUUUUGUGUGUUGUUGUUGCUGAGAGGAAUAACAUCUCUUGCCAACAAAAAAAUCUCAUUUUGCA